CGCAGCGGAGCGGCAGAGACAGAUCCAGCAGGGAGGGGACACAGUCAGACAAGGAGGAGGGACAGCCGGGCAAGACAAACAGCACUGAAAAUACCGAGCGGUACUCGCCGUGACAGCGUCUGUCAACAUCGCGGAAACACCCGGGGCACUAUUUUUUCACCCCAUGCAUUAUUAGAAACAGCCCGUCGUCACCAUGACAGCGGAGGAAACCAUAAAUGUGAAGGAGGUGGAGAUCAUUAAGGGGAUCCUGGACUUUCUUAACUCCAGGAAGUUGCACAUCAGCAUGUUGGCCCUGGAGAAGGAGAGCGGCGUAAUCAAUGGGCUUUACUCGGACGACAUGCUCUUCCUCAGGCAACUGGUCCUUGACGGCCAGUGGGACGAAGUCUUGCAGUUCAUUCAGCCUUUGGAGUGCAUGGAUAAGUUUGACAAAAAAAGGUUUCGUUACAUCAUCCUCAAGCAGAAGUUUCUGGAGGCUCUGUGUGUGAAUAACGCCAUGUCAGCAGAAGAUGAGCCACAGCAUUUGGAGUUCACCAUGCAGGAAGCAGUCAAGUGUCUCCAUGCCCUGGAAGAGUUCUGUCCCUCUAAAGAUGACUACAGCAAACUGUGUCUGCUCCUCACACUGCCCCGCCUCACAAACCAUGCUGAGUUCAAGGACUGGAACCCGAGCACGGCCAGGGUGCAGUGUUUUGACGAGGCCUGCAACAUGGUAGCCGAUUUCAUCCCUGCGGACAGGAAGCUGAGUGAGGCUGGAUUCAAGGCCAGUAGGGAUCGACUCUUCCAGCUGCUCCUCAAGGGAGUCCUCUACGAGUGCUGUGUGGAGUUCUGCCAGAGCAAGGCAACAGGCGAGGAGAUCACGGAGGGCGAGGUCCUCCUGGGUGUUGACAUGCUCUGCGGUAACGGCUGUGACGACCUAGACCUGUCUCUGCUCUCCUGGAUGCAGAACCUCUCCCACACCGUCUUCUCCUGCGCCUUCGAACAGAAGCAACUCAACAUCCACGUGGACCGCUUGGUCAAGCCCACAAAGACCGGCUACGCCGACCUCCUCACCCCGCUCAUCAGCAAACUGUCUCCGUACCCCUCCUCCCCAAUGCGCCGGCCCCAGUCCGCUGACACCUACAUGUCCCGCUCUUUGAACCCCGCGCUGGACGGGCUGUCUUACGGGCUGUCCAGCCAGGAUAAGAGAGCGAGUGGCGGGGAGACAGCGCCGGGGAAAGGAGUCUCUCCCAUGUCACACUCGUUUGCCAACUUCCACUACCCCGGAGCAGGAGGGCAGAGUCUGAGCAGGAGUCUCAUGAUGGAGAGCUCUGACUGCCACAGCAUCUUUGAGGAAUCACCUGAAACGUCCAGGACAGACACACCCGUGGACAAGAUGAUGAGUUCGGGCGGAGCUCAGAACCUGCGUCCUGCCUCAGCUCCGGGCGAGGACGCACCAUCAGCUGACUCUGCUGACAGGAACGAGCUUCGCGAAUCAACAGAGAAGUAUGAGGAGUACUAUCGGCAGCGCUUUCGUGUGCAGCAGCACCUGGAGCAGAAGCAGCAGCAGAGGCAAUUGUACCAGCAGAUGCUGCUGGAGGGAGGCGUCCUGCUGGAGGGAGGCGUCCAGCAGGAGCCGCCGCCCAGCGACAUGCAGCACAGCCUCACAGAGAAGUUCCUCAACAGGUCCAUCCAGAAGCUGGAGGAGCUCAAUGUGGGGAUGGAGGAUUUAGGAGAGGAGGUGAAGUCUCUGGCCCAGCAGUGUAAUGGCAACGGGAACACGCCCGCCUCUGAGGACAAUAACAACCCUCCGCCUGUGACCCUGGAGAAGACCCAAGAAGGAGGGGUGCUCAGCAGCACUCCACAACGCACCGUGGGGGGCCGCCUGGUCCCGCCUCCAAAUGAGUCCCCUGUCGUCUCCCAGAGUGAGCAGAAAGAAAAAGAAGGUCAACAAGAUGACUCUCCAGGCUCCUUAUCCCGAAGUAAAGAGGGCGACCAGACCAAAAGCCUGUUUGUGCCGGUGCACACUCUGGAAGAUACUCAGGCCAUUCGAGCUGUCGCCUUUCACCCGUCUGGGUCGCUCUACGCCGCGGGAUCCAACUCCAAAACUCUACGCGUCUGUGCUUAUCCAGAAACAUUAGACACAAGUGGUUCAAGUCCACCGAAGCAGCCGGUGGUCCGCUUCAAGAGGAACAAACACCACAAAGGGUCCAUCUACUGUGUGGCCUGGAGCCACUGUGGGCAGCUGCUGGCUACAGGCUCCAAUGACAAAUAUGUCAAAGUCCUACCUUUUAGUGCAGAGACAUGCAACGCCACAGGCCCAGACCUGGAGUUCAGCAUGCAUGACGGCACCAUAAGAGACCUCGCCUUCAUGGAGGGUCCAGAAAGUGGAGGAGCCAUCUUGAUCAGCGCCGGAGCUGGAGACUGUAACAUCUACACCACCGACUGUCAGAGAGGACAGGGUCUGCACGCCCUCAGUGGACACACAGGUCACAUUCUGUCUCUGUAUACGUGGGGAGGCUGGAUGAUCGCCUCUGGCUCGCAAGACAAGACGGUGCGUUUCUGGGACCUCAGGGUGCCCAGCUGUGUCCGAGUAGUGGGAACUGCUUUCCAUGGCUCAGGCAGUCCUGUUGCCUCGGUAGCAGUCGAUCCUAGUGGUCGUCUCCUAUCGACGGGACAGGAAGACAGUGCAUGCAUGCUGUACGACAUCCGAGGAGGACGAAUCGUCCAGGUGUACCGGCCGCACUCCAGCGAUGUGCGAUCCGUCAGGUUCUCUCCUGGAGCGCACUACCUGCUAACUGGCUCCUACGACACAAAGGUCAUAGUCAGCAACCUCCAAGGUGACCUGACAAAGCCGUUGCCUCAGACUGUGGUGGGAGAGCACGGUGACAAGGUGAUUCAAUGUCGAUGGCACACACAAGACCUGUCCUUCCUCUCAUCCUCUGCUGACCGCACUGUUACACUCUGGACACACAACCCAUAACACACACACACACACACACACACACACACACACACAACCAGUUAAUAUCUGAAAGACACACAUUCCCCCUAAAACAACACUGCUCCUCCUGCACUAUGAACCCCGGCACACCUUACAGCUUGGAAAACACACACACACACACACACACACACACACACACACACACACACACACACACACACACACACACAUUAACACACAAACAGGUGAAUGGGCCUUUAACUUCUAUCUGUAGGAAACCAAAAUGGAUACAAACCUGUGAUACAUGAAAAGCACAUAUUGCAUGAUUUUUUGUUUGUUUUUUUACAUCACUCAAAUUGCAUUCGUCACCCCGACUGUCAGUCAUCUUGAGGGGACGAAACAGCUGAGUCAUUCAUUAUUCUCACCAUCAUUUCAUCUCCAGCUUCACUCCUUACACACACCAGUCCGUUGCUGCAUGUCCUUUUCACUGAGGAGUUGUUGAGGUUAAACGGGACAGAGUGCUUUGUUCAUGAUGGUGCCUUCCUUGAGUUCUCAGUUUCCAUAACAAAAUCGUAAAAACUAACAAACAAAAGAUGAUAUGGUCAUUUUUCAGGAUCAAAUUUUGUUAAGUUAUCUUGAGAAGUCCUACAUUCCUUCUCCUUUUGCAUAUCAUUUUCUUACAGCUGGUGUUAUGCUGCUAUUGUUGGAGGAAACAAAAGUUGAAUUUAUGGUGUAAAAAUGUUUCUCAGUGUGUCAGUGGUGAGCUUUUCCUAUCAGUGGGCAGAAUCUGUGGAAGUCAUUCUAUCUGUUGCUUCCCUGUGGGAUGUGCUGAUGUCUAAUGUUACUGUAUACACUGCUACAACUCAACAUGUGUAAACUUAGCUUGUGCAUUUGCUCUAAAUUUGAAAUCAGUGUUUUUGCGCUGAAGCUGUUACAGUGUCUUGCGAUGACUUGCUUGCAAUGGAAGAUUAUUAUUAUUAUUAUUAUUAUUAUUAUUAUUAUUAUUAUUAUUAUUAUGUCAGCAUCAAAGGGAAAUACAAAGUGUAGUUGAGCAUUCAAGUUGCGAGUCUUCAGAGUUCAAAAGCUUUGGUUUGUCUACUGUUACAGUAUAACAGUAGGUGGCAGACUUUGCCCACAGCGAGGGUCUAACCAUACGCACAAUGAUAUCUGAAUGGACGGGUGUGUUAAUAUUUAUUUAGAACCAGUAUUUGAAGCAUAUGCAUUGUUUUAUUUUCUUGUCUUUUACAUGCGCACUUUUAACAGUCUUCUAAUAUUGAUUCACUUACAAAGAUGUAUAUUUUAUGUUAAUGUAUAGUAUAUAUUGUUUUAACAAAUAAGGCCAAACUAAAACGUACAUAGAUGUAUUUAUUUCAGUUGAGUUUAUGUAUGUACAGUUAGUAUGUUUUGAAAUGCUAGUGGCUCUUGUAUUUAGCCUUUCCAAUUCUUGUUUUUAAAAGUGACUUAAAUUAAUUCAAGCUAACUCGACUCUGACUGCUGGUACGUUCAAUAAAGUGUCUUUUACACACG